AUGCAUAAUGCAAACGUAAUACAGAUUUUUACAUUACUGGUUAAGGUAUUUGUUUUUGGUCUGGGACAUCCUGAAGGAUUGUAUGAUUCUAGUCAUUCCUUUAAUUAUAUCAAAAUCGUUAACGCAAAUGGUGUUUCAAACGCUAAAAGAUUUUCUAAUGCAAAUGAAGUGUCAAACGACAAAGGAUACGAUUUGUCAAACAACAAAGGAUACGAUGUGUCAAACGACAAAGGAUACGAUGUGUCAAACGACGAUGGAUAUGAUGUGUUAAAGGGCAAAGGGCUUGAUGUGUUAAACGGAUAUGGGUAUACUGUGUCAAAAGCUAACGAAUUUGAUGUGUCAAACGAUGAAGAAUACGAUACGUCAAACCGCAAAGGAUAUGAUGUGUCAAAGAUCAACGAAUACUAUCAUGUGUCAAAGUCUAAUAUAUAUGAAGACAAUGAGAUAAUUUACCUGGAAGAAUCUAAAGAGACCAACGAGACAGAACUGAGAGUACCAUGUGUGAACAACACCACCAAUCAAUCUGUGUGUCUCUGCUCUUUAGAUGGAACAUUUACAGACUGUUCAAGACAAAACCUUACUUUCUUUCCCAUUGUUCCACUGGAAACUAAGACACUGAAUAUGAGCGGAAACAGUUUAAAAAAAUUAGAUCAAGAUAGUUUAACUAAUAUAUCUACUUUAUCUAAAAGUUUAAAAAGUUUAGAUAUUUCUAAAAACCAGAUUUCAUACAUAGAAAACGGUUCACUGUCAAAUUUUACAGUUUUAAAGAUUCUUAAUGUAAGUGUCAAUCAUAUCUCUAAUAUAGCCAUUGAAAAUCUUACUAGUGGAAUUUCAACCCAGCUCGAACAUUUGAUACUGGAAGGGUUGCAAUUGAAGGAACUUCCAUAUCAUUCAAUGCCACAUUUGAACAAUACACGCCUUUCGACUUUCUCUGUUAAAAAUAACAGUAUCAAGAAUGUUUCCACUACCGAGAUAUUUCAAUCCUUGAAGAAGCUGAAACAUUUGGACCUUUCUUUAAAUUCCAUUCGUCAAAUCAAUGUUGGACACUCGGAAACUUUAGAAACGUUGAGUUUAUCUAGGAACGAGCUAACCCGUAUACCACAUUUUUGUCGUGAUGGAGUAACCCUCCCAAAAAUAUAUUGGAUUUUUCUGGAUAACAACUGCAUUCGUAAAUUACAUACUGACCGCCUAGACUGUUUGGAUAGUCUGCAACUGUUAAAUAUUUCAGCUACGGGAAUUCAAAGUAUACCGACCAAUGCCUUCUCUGAAUUUAAAUCAUUGCGAAUAAUAACUUUGGAAAAAACAGAGAGCUUAAACAGCAUUGAACCCUAUGCGUUCAAUAGCUCAACUUUGCAUAAAGUUUACAUUCGCUUUAACCGUUUGGUUUUCAAUCGGCGUCAAGUCGACGUGAGCACGAUUCUAAGAUUGUGUCCCAGCCUGCAACGGUUAGAUAUCUCCGGUAACUACCUCACUACGAUGAAAAACACGGACUGGAAUGACCUAUUUGGACAUGUCGAUGCUAAUCGCUACAAAAUGAAUUUGUACCCAAAAAACUAUGAAUGUUCUAAAGGCAAAUGGAAACAAAUAAAUCACUUUAACAUCAACAAGAAAGCGUGCAUGUUGAAAAACGAAACAUCUGAAAUUAUUCAAUGUACCUGUAUUGCGACGAUUUUUUUAAUGUUGAUUAUGUCGGUUGUGUAUCGUUAUCGUUGGCGAUUACGUUACAUGUUUUUCGUCUUGAAUUUCCGUAGAUGUAAGUGUGCCAAUAACAGAAAAAUGGAGUUUACCCACAACGUUUAUAUUAGUUCGGCUGAUGCUAAUUUCAAUACGGUUUAUUACCAAAUUAUCAUGGAACUUGAAAAUAAAGGAAUCAACGUUUUCUUUCCGAGUAGAGAUGCUACGGUUGGUUCGAUGGCUUUGAGUGAAUCAUUAGAGAAUAUGGAUAGUUGUAAAUGUGUUAUUAUAUGUUUAUCUAAUGCUUAUGCUCAAGAUUGCUGGUGUGAAUUUGAAGCCUGUAUGGCCGUAGAAAGAUCCAUCUACGAACAUUGUAACAGUAAUGCUAUCAUUGUGGUCGUUUUAGAAGAAAUUUGUUCACUGAAUGUUACCAAGAUCAUACAUAAAUUAACUCGGACUGGUGAUUAUCUUAUAUGGGACGAAAAUAGUGCUACCAAUGGUCUAUUCUGGAGAAAACUUGGUCAAAUGGUAGAACUACCAGUACCAUAA